CAUUCAAUAAAUAUUUUUAAAAUCUGAGCAUUGUUUCUGAUACUUGGUUGAUUCUAGAUAUUUCAUCACAGUUGAUAAGAAUACUUUAGUAAGAUGGAAUACACUCAGCACAUGUACCAACCAAGCACCAUGAACCACAGCCCCCAUGCGAGGCUCAAUAUGGGUCAUAUGAGCUGUAAGGAUAUGAUGAUGCCUAUGUGUUUUUUCUUCUCCGAAGAGGCUCCCGCCGUGUUAUUCAAAGGCUGGAAAUUCGAUUCUGUUGGCGGACUAAUUGGUUCAAUGAUAGGAAUUUUUUUGAUGGCUGCUUUGUAUGAAGGACUGAAAUACCUUAGGGAAUAUAUUUUUUCGAGAACAAAAACCCCAUUACAGCAUGGAUCUGCUGCUUCUUCCGGUGCAGCAAACACUACGAACGGAUCGCAAGCCGUUAGGCCAAUAAUGAUUAUGAUGCAUUUUCUCCAGGUGUUUCUUCACAUGAUACAGAUAGUCUUAUCAUACUUCCUAAUGUUGAUUUUCAUGUCAUACAAUACCUACCUCUGCUUAGCAAUCGUUUUUGGAGGAGGAAUGGGAUACUUUCUGUUCGGCUGGAAGAAAUAUGUUACGGUGGAUAAUAAGCAGCAUUGUCGCUGAUAUAAGUCUAGAAUAGUGGGCCUCUAGAUAGUUGAUCUUAGACAAUUAAGAGACACAUGUAUGUUGGAAUAUUUUCAAGCUGAAACAAAGUUUUACUUACCUCUUGAGAUCCUUCCUUAGUUUUUUUUCGCUAGAAAUAAUUACUGAACAGCAAUAUAGGUGAAUUAUUUAUGUAUAUUGAUCUGUUGAUAAAACUUAAAUAUAAAAAAUUAAUAAUAAUUUAUUCAACAACAAACAUGUAUAGUACACAGUACUCAAUAUAACAUGGUAUGGACUAGAUUAAGUUUAUUCUUGUAAUAAAAAUAAAAUUCU